GACGCAGUGACAGGGUAGAGGAAAGGGCGACGCUCUGGGCGACGCUCUUUAUGUAAUGAGAUUCACUAGUCUAGUCAAGAGCAGGAGGUGGGAGGAGGCAGCAAGGGGCAUGGCAAGGACUGCAGAGAGUUGGGUGUGUAUUGGGCCAAGAACACUGCUAUAUUUGGCACUAUUCCUGCUAUCUAUUGACAUAGGGCUUGUGAGUGCAGCCUUCUCCCAUGGCUCCAGCUUCCCACAGGAGCUCUUGGUGGAUAGUAAUCGCAUCAACUUUCCUGAUCAAAACUAUGAUGUUGAUUGGAAUGUUAUUGAAGAGAAAAAUACAAGAAACAGGAGAGAUUCUUCAACUAGCCGCAGUAGUAAUCUGACAGCUAACCAUUUCUACCUCUGGACCAGAACUAAUGCUGGUAACACUUCAUACCAUGAUCUUGACCCAGGAAGACCUGAUACCAUCAAGAACAGUACCUUUGUGCCAAGAACAACUUAUAUAAUAGUACACGGUUUCCUUGGAUGGGGUAUAGAGUCGUGGAUUCUCUUCAUGAAAGACAAGCUCCUGAACACCUCUGACUGCAACGUCAUAUCAGUUGACUGGCCAGCAGGAACUGAGUGGUUUCUUCCAUCCUACUAUACAGCCGUAUCACGUGUUCCUUAUGUAGGGAAGGACACUGCUUGGCUUCUCAGAAAGCUAGUGGAUUAUAAGGAAUUGAGUCUGAAAGAUGUACACUUGAUUGGCCAUUCACUUGGGGCCCACGUGUCUGGUCUUGCCUCUAAACACUUCAAGACAAGAGUGGGGAGAAUUUCAGGCUUGGAUCCUGCUGGUCUGACGUUCCACGAUGUGCCCAAACAGCAGCGACUAGAUAAAUCGGAUGCAGAUUAUGUAGAUGUAAUUCAUACUAAUGGUUGCUACACAUUCUGGAGACCAUGGACAGACUGUUAUGGCAUCAAUGAGAAUUUAGGCCACAGCGAUUUCUGGCCAAAUGGAGGAGAGCAUCAGCCAGCCUGCAAAGGUGUGUCAGGUGACAUUGGCUGUGACCAUGAACUAGCAUAUACCUACUAUCUAGAGAGCAUCAGUUAUGGCAUAGAUGACACAUACUUCCUUGCUCGUAAUUGCUCGGCUUGGGAUCAGUAUGAAGAUGGAGAAUGCCCAUGCGGAGACGACGCUCAGUACAUGGGCUUUUUUGCUAAUCCAGCAGUUGCUGGAGUAUUCUACUUGAACACCAGUGUUGCCCCUCCCUUUGCCAUGAGAGACAGUGUUUGCAGCCCUGGAAGCAAGACGGAUGCUGGCUCCAACAUUACCAUCAUAGCUUCUUGCACGUCAGCUUCCAUUGUAGUCAUAGCUGUUACUGGUGCUAUUGUAUUUGUUGUUAGAAGGCAAAGGAAGCAGCAGGCUGACAGCGGCUUGUUAGUGGAAAAUGAGGGAAGUGAUUGUGAUGAUGCACUUCUGGAUGUGUAGCUUCUACCUUUUAGUGAAUGGAAUAUGUGAAAGGACAUUCUGAAACUUACAGGUGUGAGAGUUAUCUGUUAUACAGAUAUUUUUAUUUUUCCAGUAAGAAAAUACUGUAAUGUAUGAGUAAAAAUGUUUUCAUGUAUCAGGACCAAAGAGAGAAUCCUUGUAAGAGAAUAUAAGAGAAUGUUUUAUGUCUUUGUAAAUGUUGAAUUUAGGUAAUGAGUUUUUAAAUAUGAUAAGAUCUACUUAUAUAACUUUUUAAGUACAAGUAACCUGAGUCAUUAUUGACAGUAGCAAUAAAUGUAUAUAAUGAUGUCAGGUUUAAUAGGUUUCUACUUUUUUAAACUUAUAAUGAUGAAGAUUCUCUUUUAGAUAUCUAGGAGAUUUUUAUAGAUUAUCAGUAAUAUGAAUGCCAGAAAAUGCACACAUAUACCAUAUGCUGGUAAAUAUUUAUAUAUUA